AUGGGCCACCUCCUACCACUGGCUGCCGACUCCCGCCACUACCCUCCUCUCAUCACCACCUCCCUCCCGUCGUCGCCCACCUACCGUUCGCCACCUCCCGCCAUCCGUCGGCCGUCAUCCCUCACUGUCAACUGCCAUGGGCCGUCAUUGCUGGCCGCCUCCCGCCGCUGCCCACUUGCUGUUCGUUGCCUCCCGCCAUCCGUCGGCUGUCGUCCCCCGCCGCGACCGCCGUGGGCAACCGCCCAUCUCCCGCCGCCGUCCCAUGCUGUUCGUUGCCUCCCGCCAUCUGCUUGCCAUUGUCUCCUGUCGCCGACCGCCAUGGGCCGCCUCCCACCGCCGCCCCCUAUCGUUCGCUGCCUCCUACCAUCCGCUGGCCAUUUUCCCCCGCCACCGAUAGCCGUGGGCCGCUGCCGCCCUUCUCCUGCCGCCGCCCUUCUCCUGCCACUGCCCACCUCCCGUCGCCGCUCGCCUGUCAUUCACUACCUCCAGCCAUCCGCCGGCCGUCGUCCACCGCUGCCGACCGCCGUGGGCUACCGCUCGCCCCCCUCCCACUACCGGCCACCACCUCCUGCCGCCGCCCUCCUGCCGCCACGCUCCUCUCACCACCGCCCGCCUCCCGCCAUCGAUCGUCGCUUGCCUCUCGUCAUUGUCGACGCUGACCACCUCUUGCCACCGUCCUCCGCAUUGGCCGCGCCACCUGUGCUUGAAGCAUGGUUUGACAUCUUGGUUUGA